GGCGCGGGUGGCCCCGCCCCUCAUGGGAGCCACGCCCACUGCCCCGUGUGGGCUCCGGCGGGAGCGGGGCUGAGGGCGAGGGGGUUAGCGAGCAGGAGGGACAGGGAGCAGCCUGGUUAGGGAUGAGGCACAGGUGGGACAGGGUUAGGCAGCAGGGAGGAGAGGGAACAGCCUGGUUAGGGGCUGGGCGGGAUAAGGGACAGACAGCAUGCCCGCACCAUGUCUGCCCGCCGGCCCCCGCAGGAGGGAGCCUGGGCUGCGUGUGUUUCCAAUCCCCGCACAUCGAGUUGUCGUGAUUCCCUCUGCACCCUGCUUUGGGUGCUGGACCAGCAUCUGCAAGCUUGCCUUACCUCACCUGCCUGCAGCCCCAAACCACCCCCCCCCGAGGGUGGGAAGUCCAACCCCUCCAAGCGGCACCGGGACCGGCUGAACCAAGAGCUGAACAAGCUGACGGGGCUGCUGCCCUUCCCCGAGGAUGUGCGCUCCAGGCUGGAUAAACUCUCCAUCCUCCGGCUGGCCGUGGGCUACCUGAAGGUGAAGAGCUACCUGAUGGCUACAGCUCCAAAGGUUGGCAGCUGCGUGGAUCAGCCCAGAGCCCCAGGAGGGGACAGGUGGAUGGAGCUGCAGGGUGACACGGAGCUGUUUCCUGAGGGGGAGCUGCUGCUCCAGGCACUCAAUGGAUUUGUCAUCGCCGUGACUGGAGACGGCUACAUCUUCUACAUCUCCCCUACUGUGCAGGACUACCUGGGCUUCCACCAGUCGGAUCUCAUCUACCAGAGCGUGUACGAGCUGAUCCAUGCGGACGACAGGGCCGCCUUCCGCCGCCAGCUGCACAGGAGCCCGCUGCCCGCUGCUGACACCUUUCCCGCUGAGCAGCCGCUGCUGGCCAGCCCCCAGCAGCUCCACGCUGAGAAGCAGUCCUUCGUGGAGAGGAGCUUCACCUGCCGCUUCCGCUGCCUGCUGGAUAACUCCUCGGGAUUCCUGGCCUUGAAUUUCCGCGGGCGCCUGAAGGUCCUUCUUGGGCAGCACAAGUCAGCAGCAGACAAGUCCCCAGUUGCUCUCUUUGCCAUUGCAACGCUCCUCCAGCCUCUGUCCAUCCUGGAGCUCCGGACCAAGACGCUGAUCUUCCAGACAAAGCACAAGCUGGACUUCACUCCCAUGGCCUGUGAUUCCCGGGGGAAGGUUGUCCUGGGAUACACGGAGAUGGAGCUGUGCAGGAGGGGAUCUGGAUACCAGUUUGUGCAUGCGGCCGACAUGAUGCACUGCGCAGAGCACCACGUGAGAAUGAUGAAGACGGGGGAGAGCGGGCUGACGGUGUUCCGGCUGCUGACCAAGAGGGGCGGCUGGGUGUGGGUGCAGGCCAACGCACGGCUGGUGUACAAAGGGGACAGGCCCGACUGCAUCAUCGCCCGCCAGCGAGCCCUGUCGAAUGAAGAAGGGGAGGAACAUCUCCGGAAGAGAAACCUGCAGCUGCCCUUCAGCUUUGCCACAGGGGAAGCAGUGUUGUAUGGGAAUGACCUUCCUGGGUUCUUGGACUCAUUCCAAGCCAAGGAGAAGUUGCAGACGCGAGCAAACUCCAACUCGGAGCAGCGCUUGGUGGACCCCAACUCUCUGCUUGGGGCCAUGAUGAAGCAGGAUGCAUCCAUAUACAGUUCCCAUGCCGAUAACGUGCCUCAGUUCUCCCUGCCAGGUUUGAUCCCUGAGCCUGAUGGGCUGAGCCAGAAUGAGGAGAUCAGCAAUGCCGAGGAGGACAGCGACUCCCUCCUGGUGGUCGUCGAAGCCCUCUUUGAGAAGAGCGAGGUGGACAGAAACGUCUGCCAGAGCCUCGGUGGGGGCAACGCCGAGCUGCAGCAGUGGGAGGAGGCUCUGCUCACCUUGGGGGCAGAGGAGGAGCCGCCAGCUCAGCGGCUUGGCGGGAGGCCGGGCACCAGGGUGACAUCCUGUGUGGAGCAGAUGCUCCUCAGGGAGGGUGCUGGGAAGAGCCCGGACUUCCCACGCUGCCGUGAGGAAAACAGUGCUGUGGCUCACUUCCCGCGCUGCUGGGCAGCCGAUCCAGCGUUCCCAGCACAGCCCCGGGCACUGGGCACACGGGGAGGCCAUGGGGCUGUGGGCUCUGUAGUCUCUGUCACCUCUGAGGGCAGCUCUGCCCAGCCAGAGCAGCAGGUCCCAUUUAGCCCAGCUGGGCCGGUGGCAGGGGCUGUGCUGGGUGUCCCUGUCUCCGGCAGCAAACCCUCGGCAGCACUUCAGCUGGCAAACCAGGGGUUUCAGGCAGAAGCCAGCCCCUCUGCUCCUGUAGAUAACACUGUUCCUGCUGCUCAGAGCCAGCCCGGGUGCCAGCUGCCAGACUCAGGCUGCCCACCCCCGUUGCACUCUAACACGUUGGUGACACUCUGGCACAGUGUCCCCCUCCAGGCAAACCCAGCCAGUUGCCCAUCGGAGGCUUGGAUGACCAUAGCUCCGAAGCAGCUGGAAGCUGCAGGAAUGCACAUGGAGCCCCAAACUCUGCCAGCUGGCAGCCCUGAGAGCCCCCCGGGGGCCAGGCUGUGGUUGCCACCCCCCUCCCAGUCUGUUCCUUGCCCUACCCAGGGCCUGCCCGAGUCCUUGUUCUGCGGGGACGGGAACCUCCGUGAUGCGGAGGCUGCUCUCCCUGCACGAGCAUCCUUAGGAGCCAGGCAGCUGCCAGGGCACGGCAGCUUCCCCAAACAGCCCCUGGCAGCCCAUGCGGAGCCCAGCUUUUCCUGGGAAGGGGAGCAGGCAGUGCUGCAAGAGGACAAGUGGUUCUCACAGCUGUGGCUCCCGCAGGCUGGGGCAGCCCCUCAGAGGAGCCAUGGGGCAGGGCCAGUGCACCACAGCGGGCUCCUGCUGGGCUCCAGCACGGAUCCCAGCGCCCAGCAGAUGGGCUGCGUUGUGCUGCCCGAGUGCCAGUAUGGAAAUGGCCUUUUUAGGCACGAGAGCAACUUCCUGAGGGAUGCUUCUAAAGUACUCCUUCCCCAGCAGCCAGGCGCUUUGCCUUGCCCCGCUGAGAACCACCCUGGAGCACCCUGCUCCUCACCAGGCUCGGUUCCAAGGUGCUCAGCAGCUCUCCCUGUGAAGGUGGGUGCAGGAGCACCCCCGUGCUCCGAGCAGGGCCCUGGCUGCCCAUCAGUUCCCUGCUCAGCUGGGCAGCCCCUCUGUGCCUGUGAGAUCCAGCUCAAGGUGAGGUGCGAGGGCUGCAGGACCUGAGGGGUGCCCGGCUCCUGUGGAGGGAGCGAGGGUCUGCCAGGGGUGCAGCCACACCAUCCUUUGUGGGCAGCCUGGUUUGGAGCUCACUGUGAGCCAGGAUCCCUGUCUUGGAAAGCCACCAGCAGCUGUGAGCUCUUCUCAUACCUGCCAGUGGCGCCCCGUGCUCCCUGGUCUCUCAGGAUUUUGUCUUCCAGUGCUGUCAGGCAGUCUAAGAUGAAGUGGUUUGGACUUCUUGUUCCAUGAGAAGUCUUUCAGGGAGAUACAGCUGUGCCACUGGGGAGGCUUGCGGGCCCUUGGGUCCGAGGAAGGACCCUGCUUGCUGGCACAUCCAUGGGCUUGGGGCAACCUCUUGCAGAUGGAUCUGCUGCCUCACAGGCAGGUACCACUGAACUGCUGUUUCUCAACAAAACAAUGUGGUCUCCCCAUUUCCCACGUGUGUGGACCACCCUUGUCAUGUUGCUGUUUGGUCCCCUGCAUCAUCUCUGCCUGCCUGAGCCUCUCUCCCUCCUGUGCUCUCCAUCUCCUCCAGAGACCACCCAAAUCCUUUGGAAAAGGUGUUACCAAGCACUUUGAGGAGCUCAGCAGCAUUGAAGGGUCUCAGUGGGAGGUGGAGUUGGUGGGAGUGGAGGCACCUCAGGGGUUUGGGCUUUCCAGCAGCGUUCCAGGGGAAUUUGGGAGAGGUGGGUACCAGGCGGUUGUGACCUUUCUGGGAUGCAGGGUGGCAAAGGUCCAGCCAAACUCCCCUUGGAUUUGUCACUGGCUUGUCCUUGCCUUCCUCUCCUGUGCUCUGCAGUGCCAUGGGACAGAGGAACAAUGGGGGUUCCCCCUGUGGUUUUGCCAAAGCAGCGGGAAGGAAAGGCAGGGAGGCGUGCAGUGACCACUGGCUGCCUCUCCAUUUCAGACCCACUUGGCGCCCCUCAAACCAUUGGCCUGCAGCCCAGCACAACCACUUUGUUGAAUUCCCUUUCUUUUCUAUAUUUGUAACCUAAGAUGUGAAUUAAUUGUUGUUUUCCCCACCAUGGGGCAAAUUCUGGCAGGUCCAUCAAGGAAACCCACAAAAUAAGCUGGGGAGGAUGGGGUUGAUUUGAGACCACGCUGGCUCAGAGCGUUGGGUCAGAGAGAUCAGAGUGGUUGGGGACAUUCACACCUUCCCCUCAUGCACCCAUCACCCUGAGAGGCACAUCUGCCUCACACACCAGUGUUAAGUGUUUACCAAGCAAAUUAAAUCAGGUAAUUAGUACAGGGCCAGCAACAAGCUCACGUGUCCUGGUAUGGAGUGGCCUCGUCUCCCUGGGUCUCUUCUUUCUUGUCCAGCUUUGCCUCAGCUGAUGGGGCUUGGGAAAGGUCCAGCUCCUGUCUGCAGGCUGGGAGCAGAGCGAUGCUAAAACGUGCUGGACCCCUCUAGAGUGGCCUGGAGGAGCACCUAGGACUGAGCAAGGAGCUGACUUGCCACGAUCCGGAUCCAAAAAGCAGCAGGAUGGACCCUGCUCACCGGCCCCUUGUCCUGACACCUGUGAGCUGGUGCUGGGGUGUGCCAGGGGCUCCCAGUCCUGCAAGAGAUGGGCCUUGGCGUGGGGGCUCUGCUGCUUGGGGCCACGACAGACCCCCCUGUGCUGUCCCUGGUGUCUGAUCUCUCUGUACCUCGUGGCCGUGCAGAUAAAGUCUGUUCUGGUGGCAGCGUCUCAUUUUCUGCUCCGUGAUUUCUUUGUGCUGCUGGUGGCAGCCGGAAGGUGCUGAGGAGAAAAGAGCUGUCCGGAGCCUCACCCCCUGUGUCUGGCGAUGUAUUAAAAGGCGAUUUGCUUUGUA